AUGCUGCAUAAUGGUCCUAUAAUUUUUCUUCAUUUCCAGAAUUUUCUCUUAUUUGGAUAUGAAAACGUUGUGUCGAUGUGCGCAGACAUGCCGUUCGUGGAAUGUAGUACGCACUAUGGUUCCAAUUGGCAACGGGUCGAUUUAUUCACAUUUCAAAAGGAUGUCAAGGCAGCCACCGUUGAGAAUCUUGCUCGUCGUUGUGGCGGUUUUCUCAAGAAACUUUCACUCAAAGGAUGUGAGAAUAUACAGGCAAGCUUUAUUAUAAAUCUUGAAUUAUAUAUUUUAAUCGUUACGAAGGAUCGAUUACGAAUCGAUACGUAUGUAUUUCGCACUCAGAUGUUUCAUUGCAGGAUUCGGCAUUACGGUCUUUCACAGCUAAAUGUGCCAACAUCGAACAUCUCAGUUUGUAUAAAUGUAAACGAGUUGACGGAUGCGACAUGUGAGAAUCUUGGAAGACAUUGUCAUAAAUUGGUUCAUUUGAAUCUAGAAAAUUGUACAGCGAUUACCGACCGAGCGCUUAGGACAUGUGAGAAUCUUGGAAGACAUUGUCAUAAAUUGGUUCAUUUGAAUCUAGAAAAUUGUACAGCGAUUACCGACCGAGCGCUUAGGUAUAUAAGUGAUGGAUGUUCAAAUCUGCAGUAUUUGAAUAUCAGUUGGUGUGAUAAUAUACAAGAUAAAGGCGUCCAAAUGAUAUUAGCUGGUUGCAAAGGUCUCACUACUCUUAUUAUGAAAGGAUGUGAAGGAUUGACCGAACAAGUUUUCGCUAAUUCGAUCGAUAACAUGAAAAACUUGGAAGUGAUCAAUUUACUGUCAUGUUUCGUCAAUGAUGAAACUGUAGCACAUAUUGCACGAGGCAGUCCUCAUUUACAGUAUCUUUGCCUGUCAAAUUGUACACAAAUCACCGAUCGAUCAUUGAUCUCAUUAUCACAAGGCUGCAGAAUGUUAACAGACAUCGAGCUGUCUGGUUGCAGUCUUCUUUCGGAUGCCGGUUUUAUUCAGCUGGCUAGGCACUGUAAAAAUUUAGCGCGUAUGGAUUUGGAAGAUUGUAGUCUUAUUACAGACGCCACUAUUCAUUCGCUCAGCACCAAUUGUAGUAAUUUGUCGGAAUUGAGCCUUUCCCACUGUGAGCUAAUUACGGACGAAUCAAUUCAUUGCCUCUGCACCAACAACAAGGAGAAGUUGCAGGUUUUGGAACUGGACAAUUGUCCGCAGAUAACUGACUCAGCACUUUCACAUAUGCGACAUGCAAAGGCAUUGAAACGAAUCGACUUGUAUGAUUGCCAGAAUGUUUCGAAGGAAGCCAUCCAAAGAUUCAAGCAUCAUCGACCACAUGUGGAAAUCCAUGCUUAUUUUGCCCCAGCCACACCUCCAGCUAAUCCGGCUACAGCCCGAGCAGGUACUAGUGCUUUCCGCGUUCUCUUUCCAAUAUCUUGCUAA